AUGCGACAACUUAUACCGCGCGGAACACUAAAUUUUAUGCAUUUUCAUUUUGUUGCAUUAUGCAUGCUUCACAAUAUACGGACACAGACACAACACACACACAUACACACACAUACAUACACACACAGACACAUACACACACAUGCACACAUAUGUACACGCACACAUACAUAUAUACGCACAAACAAACAUACAUGCAUACAUACAUGUAUACAUAUGCGUAUAUAUAAACAUACAUAUGCACACACAGAGACAGACACAGAAGCAUUGCAGAAACAAACAUACGGAAAUAUGUUUACGGAUGGGAUAUUCACAACAUAA